AUGUAUGAUUCAGCUAUUGAUAUUCAAAUUUGUAAAGUAAUGCUUUCAACAUUUAAAAUUUACAUCCCAAUAAAUCCUAAUCCCAAUGAAAAAAUUGCAAUUUUAUAUGAGAAUAUAGGAAAGCAGAAUUUGAGAGAGGUUUGGAGAUUAUAAUUUUUGAAUUAAAAUGUAGAUUUACUAAUGAGAUAAAGUUAUGAUGAAUUAUUCUAUAUAAAUUAAAAUAGAAUUCUAAUAUUGAAAGACUCAAAUUUAAUAACUUAUAAUCUUUAAGAAAAAUUAGUAGUAGAUUCUUCAAUAUAAAUUGAGAAAGGAGAAUAUAAUCACUUUUCUAUAUAUAAUAAUGGACAAGAGCAGUUUUUUUUUUUUUUAAGCAAAUAGAACAUAAAUAAUGAAUAGCAAUAAACUGUAAGUCAAUAUACUUUGAAAAUUUAUAAUAUUAAGAAUUUAGAAAUUUUAUAAGAGGUGAAAUUUUCAGCAUCUGUAAGAGCUUUAGUGGUAUCUCCAAUAAGCAAAUAGAGAUGUUUUAUGAUGAAUCCAAAUUAUAUAACAAAUAAGACAAUAUAAUUUAUUAUUUAUGAUGAAAAUUAAGUUUAAAGAAAGAUUAUAUAAGUAAAAGAGACAAAUAAUGAAUUAAGAGGAACAAUAGUUAAAGUUCUAAAUGUAAUUAAAAUAUUUGAGUAGUUUAGUAUUAAGAUGAAUUGAUUUUUGUGUACAAUUCCAAUGGAGUUAGUAAAUAAUAUCUUCUAUUCUAUUGUAUAGAAAAUGGAAAUGAGAAUCUACACGAACUAGAUUUAUAAUAUUCAUUUUAAAUAAGAGAUGCUUAGAUAAAAGAAAACAUAAUCCUUAUAAAUUGCUUUAAUAGUGAAUUAAAUAGUGAGAAUGCAUUUUUCUAUGAUAUUUUGGGAAAGAAAAUAAAAUUGAUAUCAAGUGGUGAAAUAAAUUAUUUUUACAGUAAGAAUGUUAUAAUUCAACAUAAUCACGAGAGUGUAAAUUUACAAUUGAUGGCAACACCGAAAAUGAUGAUAACUCAUUAUAUUGAUAAAAUUGAUUAUGAUUAGUUUAUUAAAUAAGAAUUAAGUGAGUUUUGA